AUGGAGAAAGCUCUAUCCGACGUGAUGCCAUACUGGAACUCCAUACGGGGAUUUUUGGCCCAGCUGAAAGAUUCGGUUCCCACAAACGUCCUCCUAUUACUACCAAAGUCUUUUGGAACGACACGCAAGCUUACGGUGGUCACCGAAGAUGAUUUCCCCCCGAUACAGCCGCUUGACAAGUUCAAUUGGGAGACCACGGAGCCUAUACAGCUACGGCCGUACAAACCAAAUUACAACCUUACCAUGGCGCUUGAAACACUCGAGCCAAGCGAGCUGAUACCCAUAGACAAGGAAUAUAAAGAUAGGAUCUCCGAACGCCGAAGGGUCCUUAAAGAGCACCAUGAUAUUGCCUUGGGUAUUCACUCCGCCUCGAGCAAGGGGAAGUCGGAUGUAGAUGGCGAAGAGUUUCCCCUGGCCCACGAUGCAAUUUGUGAGUUAUAUGAAUUUGUCAUGGGUAUCUAUCUCCCAAACAGAUACCCGACUAUGUUUAAAUUGAUCGAAGCCAAGUAUGAAAGCUGCAAGGUGUUCAUGCUUCAGAAUAAGGUUACAGGGGAGGUUCUGCCGGCAACAGUUUCACCCGGUCGUCCGCUGGUUAAUGCAUUGGAGACCCUAGGCAAAACAGUCGACGAGGAUAUGCUCAUUCUUUUACCAAUGGGGAGUAGCGGAAAUGAAAAUGACAAGUUAAGGGAGAAGCCGUCGAGCCUUAAGUAUGUUCUGCAGGCGUAUGUGACGUGUUUCCCCUCUGGGUUCAACACUCGCGAGAAACUGGGCAAGCAGUUGAAUGGUGUGCAUGAGCCGGUGCCAGGGUACCGGGAGAAAAUCGAGAAGAGCAUGGAUAGAUACUUUGAAAAGCUAGAGGUCGGGAAAUUCGUGAAACGGGUCAAUUGGAGCAUCACGACGGGAGCAGGGCUGUUCUAUGCAUUUGGAGAUGAGCACCUGGCGACAGGGCAGGGGAUGAAACAGUUACGGCUGGAGCAGCUGGAUAUAGAUGAUACAUUCCUGCGUUGCGAGAGACAGACUCUAUAUCGUCUGCCCAAGUCUGGGGCCAUUGUGUUCUCCAUCCAUACAUAUAGAUAUCCUAUUCGACAACUGAAGGAGGAAGGGUCCGGUGAGGACCUUGCUGCUGCAAUUGAGGGUAUUGAAAACGGAAAUGUUCCUCUGAUGGCUGAGUAUAAGAAAGUUCCUGUUUGGGGUGAAGCUGUCAAGAAGUACCUAAGAAGUUAA